AUGGCUACGCCUGUGCACAUCUCAGACGUCUUCACUGAAGAUGAACCUAUUAUUGUUGACGGAGACUUGAUUGAAGCCGCCAAGGAGAACAUCCAACCGCUCGCAAGGGGGCGACGCGCCACGACGCUUGCAGCCGCCCUCUCGACACCACACGCACAACGCGAAGCCAAGUUGGCGUCUACGCGUAACCGACUACGCAUCAACGUAGAAGUGGCACUUGAAGACGAAGACGACGACCCACUGGCUGCUUACUGCGAAUUCAUCUACUGGACGGUGGAGAACUAUCCCGAAGGCCACAGCGCCGAGUCUGGUCUACUCGAGUUACUCGAAGAGGCGACGCGUGUUCUAAAAGAUGACCGCGACGGUGCUUGGCGCGGAGAUAUACGCUACUUGAAGCUCUGGGUCCUGUACGCGAGCUUCGUCGAGAAGCCCACGGUCAUCUACCGGUUCUUACUGGCGAACGACAUCGGCGUCAACCACGCGCUGCUCUACGAAGAGUUUGCAGCCGUACUCGAGCGCGCUGGCCGCAAGCAGGCUGCCGAUGAGACCUAUCUCUUGGGCAUUAAUCGUCGAGCGGAACCUGCGGAGCGUCUGACCACCAAGCAUCGCGAAUUCCAAAAGCGGAUGAUGCUUGCGGCCACCGCACCUGCACGCCCUCCAAGCCCGCCGCGCGCAAUUGCCACGGCUGGCGCGCGCAAAGUUCUCGGAGAGUCCAGUACGGCUAAGACUACGAAGCGCACUCCCGCCGUCGCAUCUUCAGGUUCCAACGCCAUUGCAAGUUCGAGUACGGCGCCUCGUCCAAACGCGCGCGUGCAGAUCUUCGUUGAUCCAAGCGGAGAUGAAGCGGCUGCGGCUGCCGAGGAUGGCCGUACCCCUUGGGAUGAACUCGGUGGCCGAAAGACUCGGGUCAAGGAGAACGUCCCCGGCGUAGCGAAGAUGGGUGGCACCAAGCUGAAACAACGUACUGUUUCUGGUGGUGGCAGCAAGAUACCCGUCUUCCGCGACUCAACGCCGGAAGCGGCACCCCCAGCUAAGCCACCCGCGAAAGGCGGCUUUGCACCGUUCCGCGAUGAGCCAGAGGUACCAGCAACCCCAAGUUCGAAGUUCACGCCGUUCAGAGAUGAGCCGACAACGCCUUCAUCGAGAGCUGCGCAGGCGCCGGAUAGCGUUAUGAAGGCGAAGCCGACGAAGAGCCUCUCGUCGCAUGGUGACGCGCUGAGGAAGGAUCCGUUCAUGAACUACGGUGACAAGCGUCCAGCUGACGUCGAGUAG